GUAUUCCCAGGAGGAUAUGAAGCCUUUGCAGCUUCCUGCCCGGAGCUGUGCAGCAAACAGUCGACCCCCAUGGGGCUCAGCCUUCCCCUGAGCACUAACGUCCCCGACAGCGCCGAAUCAGGGUGCAGUUCCUGCAGCACCCCACUCUACGAUCAGGGUGGCCCAGUGGAGAUCCUGCCCUUUCUGUACCUGGGCAGUGCCUAUCAUGCCUCCCGCAAGGACAUGCUGGAUGCCUUGGGCAUCACUGCCUUGAUCAACGUGUCAGCCAAUUGUCCCAAUCAUUUUGAGGGUCACUACCAGUACAAGAGCAUCCCUGUGGAGGACAACCACAAGGCAGACAUCAGCUCCUGGUUCAACGAGGCAAUCGACUUCAUAGACUCCAUCAAGAAUGCUGGAGGAAGGGUGUUUGUCCACUGCCAGGCGGGCAUUUCCCGCUCGGCCACCAUCUGCCUCGCGUACCUCAUGAGGACUAACCGAGUCAAGCUGGACGAGGCCUUUGAGUUUGUGAAACAGAGGAGAAGCAUCAUCUCCCCCAACUUCAGCUUCAUGGGCCAGCUGUUGCAGUUCGAGUCCCAGGUCCUGGCCCCGCACUGCUCAGCAGAGGCGGGGAGUCCUGCCAUGUCUGUGCUAGACCGGGGCACCUCCACCACCACCGUCUUCAACUUCCCUGUGUCCAUCCCGGUCCACUCCACGAACAGUGCAUUGAGCUACCUGCAGAGCCCCAUUACGACCUCUCCCAGCUGCUGAAAGGCCACGGGAGGUGAUCUUCACAACCCACCAGGACUCCAGGCUCCUUCUUGAGAGGAAAAAGGCAAUAACUCCAAGGAGGGAGCUUGUGAGGGCUGGUCCCUAUUUAUUUAUUAAUUUCGCCUGAGUUCCACUGGGUUCCUAAGAAGUCACAGUGAUGACUGAGCAUCGAGGCAUUUGCUGAACUCGGCAAGUUCGGGACCAAUGUAUAGUGGGGUACCUCAAGGCCCCCUGACAAAUGGGGCAGAAGAGAAAGGACUCAGUGUGUGAGCCAAUUUCUUUUCGCUUGCCCCCGUUUUUUUGUAGAAACUUCAUGCUUGACAUACAUACCAGUAUUACCAUUCCUGACGACACAUAUACAUAUGAGAAUAUACCUUAUUUAUUUUUGUGUAGGUGGUCUGCCUUCACAAAGGUCAGUGUCGACUCCUAGAACCAAAUACCUCAAUUUUUGUGUUUGAGUACUGUAACACCCUGUACAUACAGCCUAAGCAGGUUUGUUCUCAGCACUGAUGGGAAGCACCAGUGUUGUUUUUUUAAGUUGCCAACAGUUGUAUGUUUGCUGAUUAUUUAUGACCUGAAAUAAUAUAUUUCUUCUUCUAAGAAGACAUUUUGUUACAUAAGGAUGACUUUUUUAUACAACGGAAUAAAUUAUGGCAUUUCUAUUGAA